AUGAAUGAAGUAGCAAACAUUCAAAUUUCUGUCAGUGGGGAGGAAAGGAUUGAUCGAGCACUCACAGAGCUUUUGAGCUGCAGUAACCUGAGCAUGCACACAGCUGGAGUAUCUUACCUUCAGCACCAUCACCACCAUCAUCAUCAUCAUCAUCAUCAGCAGCAGCAGCAGCAGCAGCAGCAGCAGCAGCAGCAGCAGCAGCAGCAGCAACAGCCUCAGUCCUCCCACCCACUCCCCCCUGGCCAAACACCGGCCCACCCGCUCCCGGCCGGCCAACCCGCCCAGCAGCCGCUCUCGUCUCAAGUUGCAGCGAGCCACAGCAACUCAGUAGUCCAGGUGUACAGCACACUGCCUCACAUGGCCGGAGGUGGUGGUGCAGAGAUCCACACCCUGGGUCUGCAGCCUUUCCAUCCAGUACAAGUGCCCAGUCAGUGUGUGGAGAGUCAGUCAUUCACCACCCCUCCCGUCUACAGCCCUGGGAAACAGUGCACCAAAACCAAGACGUGCAGCAUCACCAGCAACCUGACGGAGCUGGGCGACUUUGAAAAGGUCAUCAUUCCCAAACGACCCAGGAGCAGCAAGAAGAACCCAGACGGAGCAACAGUAGAGCAGCUGAAGGGAAAGGGUCCGAAGUUGAAAUGUAACUUCUGCGACAAAAUCUUCUCGAAAAACUUUGACCUUCAGCAGCACAUCAGAAGUCACACCGGAGAGAAACCCUUCCAGUGCAUCGUCUGCGGCCGAGCCUUCGCCCAAAAGUCAAACGUGAAGAAACACAUGCAGACACACAAGGUGUGGCCAAUGGGCGUGGCCAGCACAGUGUCCAGGUUACCCGUCACAGUGAAAGUGGUGCCGGUGUCGUCCAGUGAGGAGGAGAGGGGCGGGGAGCAGCAGCCAGAUGAGCAGGAGGAGGAGGGGCCUCAGCAGCAGACGCAGUGUCAAACACAAGAAGAGGAAGAGGCGGCACAAUCAGAAGCUCCGGCGGAUCUGGAGGAGAGCGAGCCUGAGGCCCGGGCCGAUCCGGAGGGCUGCCGGGGGGAGGCGGCGCGCAACGGGCACACUCAGGCUCAGAUGCACACGCAGUCCGACCAGAGCCAACAGUGCCAAGCUCAGACCAAACAGAUCGUGGUGAUUGACAGCUCCUACCAGUGCCAGUUCUGCGCCAGCAAGUUCAAGACCUACUUCCAGCUCAAGUCCCACCUGACCCUGCACAAGGGGGAGCAGGUUUACAAGUGCGUGUUAAAGUCCUGCUCGCAGACUUUCCAGAAGCUGGAUCAGUUCUUGGAGCACAUCAGGACGCACCAGGAGCAGCUGACCUACCGCUGCCACCUCUGCAGCAAAGUGUUCCCCUCGCUGUUUGAACUGGGGGUCCACCAGUACUCCCACUGCUUCUGCCCACAGCAGAACACACGCAAAGAAACCACCAUCUUCAGGUGUGUGAAGUGUCAGAGCAGAUAUUCUACCCAGGAGGCACUGGAACAACAUCUGAUGACCGCCUCACACAACUUCCCCUGCCCACACUGUCAGAAGGUGUUUCCGUGUGAAAGGUACUUCAGACGCCACCUCCCCACUCAUGGCGCUGGCGGGAGGUUCAAGUGUCAGAUCUGUAAGAAGGCCUUCAAGACGGAGCACUACCUCAAACUCCACACUCGUAUUCACUCAGGUGAGAAGCCGUACAAGUGUUCCCUCUGUGAAGCCACGUUCAACAGGAAGGACAAAGUGAAGCGACACAUGCUCAUCCACGAACCUUUCAAGAAAUACAAGUGUCCCUUCAGAACACAUGUUGGCUGCACCAAAGAAUUCAACAGACCAGACAAACUCAAGGCUCAUAUUCUGUCACACUCUGGUAUCAAACCCUACAAGUGUCUCUUCUGUCAAAAGGCGUUCAGCCGCAGGGCUCACAUGCUCGAGCACCAGCAGUCCCACACAGACAACUACCGCUUCAGAUGCUCCACCUGCAACAAGGGAUUCACCAGGCACAGCUAUUACAGAGAUCACAAAUGUCCCGCGGCGGGGAAUGGGACAGGAAGCGAAGGAGGUGCCGGAGAGGCAGAGGGAGGCGAGCUCGGAGGAGCGUCGAUGGCAGAGGAGAAGGACGAGGAGGAUGAUGGGAGGUGUGGUGGGUUCAUAAGACAUGCGGAGGGGCCAGGCACUGCUGAGGGAGAUGAGGACGAUGAAGAAGAGGAAGAAGAUGGAAGCUUAAAGGGCAGCGACGAGCAGAUGGAAAGACAGGAUGAUGAGGAGGAGGACGAGGAGGAGGACGAGGAGGGAGAGCAGGAGAGGACUGACGAGGGUUGUCAGGCUGCCAUGUCUCUCACCACCAUGGAAGCACAGACAGAAAGAGAAGAAGAGGAGGAAGAUGACGGAAUGGAACAUGGCAGCGAUGCACUGGAGCAGAUUCAGAGCAACGGCCAAAACUGUUUGCAGCAGCCGUGUCUGUAGUUUGAAGCAGCGCUUUGAACGUUUUCCUGGACACAGACAAUUGAACAAACACAGUUCUACAUUAUUUAAUAUAAAAAGUGAGUCUGGGAAAUUAUUUGUUUUAAAUUAAAACGCUAUUUAAACUUUAUGCACAAAUUUUACUUAUUUUAUCGUAAACAUGUGGAAUAUGCUACCUUUUAGAUGUGUACCGCCAAGACAACCAGAGGACCGUGUCUAAGGGUCAUACGUUACUUUCUCUACUUUUAUGAAGCAAAGAUUAAAUUAUUACAAGUGAA